AGCUUGCACCAACCAAGUUGAACUAGCUUUGUGCUUAGAAAUUCUGGGAUCUUGUGUCCCAGCAUUAGUUGACUCUCUUGUCACGUUAAUAUUCAACUUCGAGGAAGCCAAUUUGAACUCCUUUGCUCUUAGCAUCUUCGAGUAACCACUUUAGCGAACAAUUUUACUUCUGCUACUCACACCUUACCACGAGUAUCGUCAUCUUCCACUUAUAUUUCCCAUAUAUCCACAAUGAAAUAACUAAAAUACCUAGAAUAUGUAUAAAUCUAAUAAUGAGUAAUCUAAACGAUAGACACUAGCGCACAUUGCACCUGAUUUUUGAAUUGUCACAAUUUUCUGCCACUGCGUGUACCGUAUCACUCUGCUCCGAAUGCCGCACCGAGCAUGAGUGAAAUACUACUCGGUAGACAUUCUUCUAUAGAAAGAACAUAAAAGAAACCCGCAACCUUGUGGUUUCACCCUUCGCGUACCUACAAAGUUGCAAAGAUUCAUCCCCCCCCCACAUAGUAAUUUCCGUUCCCCCCUUUCUCCGUCCUCGUGCGGCGACUGAUCAAUCGACAUGCGUUGCAUCGCUUUUUUUUUUGUAAUUACAUCGAAAAUGAGACGUAUAAGAAAAUGACAAGGCUCGGGAGGGAGGGUAGAUAAGAAAAUGAUAGACCCAGCGAAAAUAGACAAGUGUCCUUACAAUUUUAAUAUUUUAAACACGAUCCUAGCUAUGCUACGUUCGCAGAUCUCAAUCAUUCGACGGGAGAUAAGCCACCGAUGAAUAUUUCAAUCGGUCAUCAAAGUCCUUUUACUUUCUAAAGAAAUGUACUACCGCGCAGAGAGCGAAUACUUCUCGCGUGAUUCCCGAACGGAAUACGUCAUUGAAACUGUCAUAUAUAGUACCCCACUGUACAACUAAAUUGCUCGUGGCAUCGUAGAGCAUUGACUUCCUCGUCGAUUGCCACAUUGUCGCGAGGAAUCAAUUGACGUAAAGGAUAUUAAAAGAAUUAGCUAGGGAAGAAUGACGGCCACUGUGUUUAAUAGCAAUGACAGCAGUUUAGACGAGAAUCCACUUUAUAAAAAGAUUAUGAAGGAUUUGACGACCGUCGGACUGCAUCCUAAUCAAAACAAUCAACUCAGCAGAAUUCGUUUUGCGAUAUUGUUGAGCGGCAUAUUGACCAUGUUGAUUCCAAUUGGGAUACAAGUGUUCACAUCGAUACUCGCAAAGGAUAUCGAUGGAGUGAUGUACGCUAUACCUAUUAUGAACACGGACCUGGUUUCGCUGAUAAAGGGAGUGACCCUCAACUCCAACAGGGAACAAGUAAUUACUCGGUCUGCCGCGAAAGGGAAUUUUUCCACUUUAGAAAUAACAAUGACGAAAUCAAAUGUAUUACAGUUUAAAGAAAUGUACAACCUUGUGGCAGAAGAGUGGGUGUCGUUGAAGUCCAAGGAUGAAAUUCGCACUCUGGAAAGCAUAACCCGCAGAGGAACUCAACUUGCCAAUCUGUACAGAGCUGGUAUCAUAGUUUGCUGUCUAACGCUCGCCGUGGUCCCACUGAUUUACCCCCUUCUGGACAUGGUUCUACCGCGAAAUGAAACUCGACUACGUCAACAAAUGUUUGAACUGAAUUAUUUGGUAGACGGUGACGAAUACUUCUAUCCGAUAUACUUUCACCUGAUGUGUACCUUCACUAUAGUGUGCGUACUACUUUACACCGUCGAUUGUCAGUACAUGGUCUUCUCCCACCACGCCUGCGGAUUGUUCGCCAUAUGCGGGUAUCAAAUUCAACGAGCAACAGAAAGUGUUGGUGCAAACACUAAGGAUGCUGCUACGAACAAGGCCAUAUAUCAAGAGUUCAAGGACUGCAUGGUAUUUCACCAAAAAGCGAUCAAGUUUUACGAUUUCAUGAAUCAAAUGAACCGGAUAGGAUACUUGCUCACUAUUGGGCUAAAUAUGCUCUGCAUUAGUGUCACAGCUGUUCAACUGGUUAUGUAUAUCGAUCAACCGGCGGAGUUUCUCAAAAUUUUUAUUUUUCUCCUUGGCCAAAAGUAUCACUUGUUCUUCAUCAGUCUCCCUGGACAGAGAAUGAUGGAUUACAGUUUGGGAUUAGCUGAGAAUCUAUAUAGCUCCAAUUGGUACGACACACCGGUGUCAGUGCAAAAAAUACUUUACACGAUGCAAGUAAGAUGCAGUAUACCGUGUACGUUCAGUGCAGGGGGGUUGUACGACAUGAACAUGGAGAACUUUGGAAUGAUAAUUAAGACCUGCGUGUCGUAUUUUACGAUGUUGACGUCGUGGUCAAAACUUCCGCUUUCUUUAACGUUGACACCCAACAGACUCCUCACCAAUUACGCUCAAGUUCGUAAUAUUUCAUCAGUGUUUCAGAGCAACGACAGGUUAAUGGACAAUCCAUAUUAUACUAGGGCGUUGAAGGAUCUAAUAAUAAUAGGACAGCAUCCAUAUCAAAGCGACCGGGUCCGCAGAUUUUGUUUCUUCGUGAUGCUAUUCAUCAUAACGAGCUUUCUAAUUCCAAUCUGGAUACAAGUGUUCACAUCGAUACUCGCGAGGGACAUCGACGGAGUAAUGUACGUUAUACCAGCCAUGAACACGGAUAUAGUUUCGGUGAUAAAAUUAGUGAGCCUCAACGCCAACAAAGAACAAUUCAAGGAAAUGUAUAAUCUUGUGACGGAGGAAUGGGAGUCGUUGAAGACCAAAGAUGAAGUACAAACUCUGGCGAACGCUACACGGAGAGGAAACGAACUUGCUAGCGUGUACAGAAUCAGUAUCAUAGUGUGUGCUACACUGGUUAUCGUGGUCCCACUGAUAUGUCCAUUUCUGGAUAUCAUUCUACCUCGAAACGAAUCACGAAUACGACAACAGUCAUUCGUGUUGAAUUACAUGGUGGACGGGGACAAAUACUUUUAUCAUAUAUACGUUCACUCGUUUUUCUGCGUGGCUGCUGUUGGUAUAACAUUUUACACAAUCGAUUGUCAGUACAUGAUCUUCAGUCACCACGCCUGCGGAUUGUUCGCGUUAUGCGGGUAUCAAAUUCAACGAGCAACAGAAACUUUCAGUUCAGACGCUAAAGGCGCUGUCGUGAAGAGGGCCACGUACCAAGACUUCAAGAACUGCAUGCUCUUUCACCAAAAAGCUAUCAAGUUUUACGAGUUCAUGAAUGACUUAAACCGAAUAGGCUACUUACUUAUAAUCGGGCUCAACAUGCUCUGCAUAAGUGUCACAGCUGUUCAACUGAUUAUGUACAUCAACCAACCGACGGAGUUCAUCAAAGUACUCGUUUUCCUGGGUGCCCAGAAAUUUCACUUGUUCUUCAUCAGUCUGCCUGGGCAAAGAAUGAUGGAUUACAGUUUAGGAUUAGCCGAAAAUGUAUACGGCUCCAAUUGGUACGAGACACCAGUGAGAAUACAAAAAAUAUGUUACAUGAUGCAAAUAAGAUGCAGCCUGCCGUGCACGUUUACCGCAGGAGGAUUGUAUGACAUGAACAUGGAGAACUUUGGAAUGAUUAUUAAAACCUGCAUGUCAUACUUUACGAUGUUGGUGUCAGUAAGAGAAUAGCUUGUGACUGCUACUGGGAAACCUGCUCGGAGUGAUUGGAACAUCGAUAUAUUAGAUUUUUGUACGUAAGGUUUACUUAGGUUACAGAGAUCGCCAUUACCGCGGUAGAAGAAAGCAAUAGACCUAAAUACAACACUUGAAAAUAAAAGUUCUUUUUCAUUGGUUCUCUGGUUUCUCGAUAAAUGAUGUUACCGAUUUUCACGAUUACCGCACAGUAAGCGAGCACGCAACGUCUAGAAAGUCUAGAUAAACUCCCAGUGAUCUCUUCUACGCGUCGCGUUCCACUUCAUUUCACAUACGAAAGAAAGAGAAACAGGAAAAGUAUUCCUUAUCAUACCAUUUUAGUAAUUGUCGGUACGAACGAAUAUACAAUCGUUCCGACUCCACGCGUAACCUGAUAAAUGAAUUAUUAUAGUUCGUUGCGUUGACUUUUCUUUUCCGCUACGCCUAUCACAAAAUCCCACGAUAUGUACCAAGUAAAUAAAAAUACGUAACACUGAAGUACAUGUAUACAAAUUAUUAUCGUGGAUACCCAUUCUCCUGGUUUAUUACCCGUCGUAACGAAUACCACACGAAGAAAUGAGUCGGACUA